UUUUCAGAUUACACCCACUAUCUCAAGUUUUGGAUCGAACUAAUCCAUUAAUGCAAAUAGUUCAUGGGAGAAAAUUGAGUUAUUUGGGCCCUGGAGGAUUGACAGGGCGAACUGCUAGUUUUCGGAUACGGGAUAUCCAUCCUAGUCACUAUGGACGCAUUUGCCCAAUUGACACGUCUGAAGGAAUUAAUGUUGGCCUUACUGGAUCCUUAACAAUUCAUGCGAGAAUUGGUCAUUGGGGGUCCCUAGAAAGCCCAUUUUAUGAAAUCUAUGAGAGAUCAAAAAAAGUGCAGGUGCUGUAUUUAUCACCAAGUAGAGAUGAAUACUAUAUUGUAGCGGCAGGAAAAUUUUUGGCGCUUAAUCGAGGUAUUCAAGAAGAACAGGUUGUUCCAGCUAGAUACCGUCAAGAAUUCCUGACUAUUGAAUGGGAACAAGUCCAUCUUCGAAGUAUUUUUACCUUCCAAUAUUUUUCUAUUGGAGCUUCCCUCAUUCCUUUUAUCGAGCAUAAUGAUGCGAAUCGAGCUUUAAUGAGUUCUAAUAUGCAACGUCAGGCAAUUCCACUUUCUCGGUCAAAAAAGUGCAUUGUUGGAACUGGGUUGGAACGCCAAGCGGCUCUAGAUUCGGGGGCUCUCGCCAUAGCUGAACACGAGGGAAAGAUCAUUUAUACCGAUACUGACAAGAUACUUUUAUCGGGCAAAGGAGAUAUUCUAAGCAUUCCAUUUGUUAUGUAUUAAUGUUCUAACAAAAAUACUUGUAUGCAUCAAAAACCACGGGUUCCGCGAGGUAAAUACAUCAAAAAGGGACAAAUUUUAGCAGACGGUGCUGCUACAGUUGGUGGCGAACUUGCUUUGGGAAAAAACGUAUUAGUAGCUCAUAUGCCAUGGGAGGGUUACAAUUCUGAGGAUGCGGUACUCAUUAGCGAGCGUCUAGUAUAUGGAGAUAAUUUUACUUCUUUUCACAUACGGAAAUAUGAAAUUCAGACUCAUGUGACAAGCCACGAUCCUGAAAGAAUCACUAACGAAAUACCGCAUCUCAAAGCCCACCUACUUCGCAAUUUAGACAAAAAUGGAAUUGUGAUGCUGGGGUCUUGGGUUGAGACGGGCGAUAUUUUAGAAGGUAAAUUAACGCCUUAGAUGGCGAAAGAAUCGUCGUAUGCCCUGGAAGAUAGAUUAUUACGAGCCAUACUUGGCAUUCAGGUAUCCACUUCAAAGGAAACUUGUCUAAAACUACCUAUAGGUGGUAGGGGUCGAGUUAUUGAUGUGAGGUGGAUCCAG